AUGAGAGAAUUUGGAAGAAUGUUUCAGGCAUGGAGAGGAGUCCAACAUGCAAAUCUACAGAUGAUGAUUAUGGCUGGCGUGAAAAACCAUACCAGCAACAGUAAUUAUGGAGGACGACGACACGUAUUGACGGUGAGUACAACGAGAGGUACGCCUAGUACAAGCACAGACCUAAAGGAAGCCCUGUGCGAAAAGAUUCCGCUACACCACGACCUGCUACGGAAUUUUCGUCGUCAACACGGGCCCUCCGUGGUCAGUCACAUCACCGUGGAAAACAUGUACCAAGGGUUGAACGGGGUGAACACCAUGGUCAGAGAAACGUGCGAGACUGAUGCAAAGUAUGGAAUUAAGUACAGGGGACUAACGAUACCGGAAGUUGUCACUCUGUUACCCCGCCAAGGAAAGUCACCAAGCGCAGAAGCUGUAUUCUGGUUGCUGUUAACUGGCGACGUCCCAACGCAUGAACAAACAGCGUCGUUGAUCGCUGAUUGGACGUCGCGACGUCAAAAGAGGAAGGAUUGGUGGUCAGGACCAGGUGGAGGAAUAGUUGGUUCCGUUCUCCAAACUCUACCAAAGACAACGUCACCUUUGGGAAGGCUGUCAGUGGCCCUCACCGUCUUCGACUCAAGCAAACAUAUAAAAGAGGCGCUGAAGAAUCGUGCCGCGAGUCACACUCACUGGGAGUAUACGUACGAAGACAGCAUGGAGCUACUAGCCACUCUACCUGCGAUAGUUGGCCUGACUGCUAAAGCCGAAGGAUUGAGGGAUGUUAAGGACGAAGGAGAUUGGGUUCAGUUUCUCCUGGAAUGUUUAUCCAACGCGUCUCAAAUUUCGGAAAACCAUCAGAAAUCGUUGCUGGACUUCCUUCGGUUAUACGUCACGUUGAAUGCCGACGAAGACGGAGGUGUUCCCGCCGUCCAUGUCACGGAAAUUCUUGGAGCCUCUCAAUUGGACGUCAAUCAAGCUCUGGCAGCAGGAGUUUUGGCAUAUGCUGUUGAACCCAACAGUGGCACACUGGCGCAAUACAUGGAAUUUCAAACGAAAAUACAAGCCCUCCUUGGUCGAGACCUGAAAGAAGAGAAGUUGACAAAUUACGUAACUCUGAUCGCUAAAGAUAAAUUAAUUGGCUACCAGGAAACCGAGAUUUGCGACCCACGGUACACAGCAUUAAUCAAUUAUGUCAAAGACAAUAUGGCGGAUAAUGCAGACGCAAAGUUAUCGCAAGCUAUCGCACGAAUACUAACUACGAAAAUAAAGACUGCAAAGGGAAGAGUAGUUUAUCCAGAACAAAGUACAAUCGCAGCCCCAGUGUUUCAGUCCCUCGGAUUGAAAGACAUGAACUUCAAUCAAGUGUUGUUAUGCAUGUCACGAGCACUGGGUGCAGUUGCAUCGAUCAUUUGGACAAAAGCUGUUAAUGCACCAGUCGAACGUCCAGCAUCGAAAUGCACUUACACUUAUCUGGACUCUAUCCAAGGGACACGAAGAAAACAAAAACGCGGGAAACACGUGAAACAUUCCAGGAAAUAAGUAUCGUUUCGUAAUUGUAAUUGUAUUUUACCGCAGCAUUCUAAAUUUAUAAGUUCUACGUUCGCUUUUGUACGUUUCGUCGAGUAAUAAAAUGUUUGCUCUGCUCUACCAGUGUUCCACCAUUUC